CCAAAGUGAUGAAACCGAAGAGAUAUGAUUGGGUAAGCGAAGAUGCGAAAUGGCGAAACUGAAGGACAACCACGGAACCAAAUAUGUGGCAACUCCCUAAUUUAGUUGUCAAAAAUUGCCACUCUGUGUUGUUAAUAAUGCCCUUCUCUUGUGCUUCAAUGGCUUCCUCUCUCUCACUUCAUCAAUACUUUAUCAAUUGUCUCUCUCCUACUCCUACUCCUACUCUUUGUUUCGCCAAAUGCCCACAUCAUAUCUCCAUCCUUCCAUCUUUUCGCAAGAAUUUCCUCAAAUUCGAUUCUCGUUCAACAGUCCCAUUUGCUGUUACAGAAUCUGAUUCCCCCAAAUCUCUUGAAUCAGAACCUCAAAUUCUUCUGCAAGAAGUCGCUGAUACUUUUGCUCUACCUGCAGAUUUUUUUUCGCAGUUUCCUCAAGAUCUUCGCUUAGAUCUGAACGAUGCAGCAUUUGAUCUUUCAAAUGGGCCAGUUAAAGAUGAGUGUGGCGAGGAUGUGGGGGAGACAUUGUUAAAUAUAAGCCGAGCAUGGGAACUGGCUGAUACAUCAACAUCCACAGCUUUAGUGGACAAGCUGCCUUUAUUGGUUGGCUCAUUGACAGGCUCUCAAAAAUCAGCAUUUGGAAGGCGCUUGUUAUCAGCUGGAAAAAGGUUCCAGUCCAUGGGACAAUAUGGCGAAGGUGAAGUACAGAAGAUUGCUAAAGUUAUGAUGAAGACUGGAAAGUUGUUGUCUGCAAGUCCAGUAUCUGGGGUUGAUGGUGAAGAACUUAAGCAGCAAACCAGGACAUUCAAGUUUGGGGAUCUUCAGGUUGCAUUGACUCCUGGAAAAGCCUACACUGGAGCUGCCAUUGCAUUUAUCUUUAGUUUCCUUUCCUGGGAAUUGAGCCGAGGUGUAGAGAGCAUACAAGGGAGCUCAUUACAGUAUGCAAAUGACAAUGCUUUAUUGCUUGCUAAGUCUCUGCGAGGAUCUCUGCUUGUGAUGUCCUAUUCAUCGACUAUUUUUUCUGCUUUUGCAAUGGUGGGACUUAUUUUACUUGCGGGACAACUUAAGUCGGAAGAUAAGUGAGAAGUUCUAAAUUCUUGUCUAGCCUCAGUUGUAAAAGUAGAAAUUCACGAAGAUUGUAGCUGUACAGGCUUCAAUUAUCAGGCUAUAGAAUGUACCUUUCAGGUGAACCAUCUUCAUGAUACUUAUAAUGCAACACUUUCUCAUGCACCUAUAAGUGUUGAGUUCUUUUUGAAUGGUGUACAUCUAUGAAAGAGAUGUCUUACCACUGUCUCGUGGCAUAUUUAUUUUUUUGCGUAUCUAUCAAAAAGAAUUGAUGUCCAGCAUGCCAUGCAAUGAACUUAUCUGAUUGGUUUAGUUUUACUUUGGUCCAAUCUUGUGAACUGUUUGUCCUGAUUCACUUUUGUUUUUAAAAGGAGAAAAAGUGAAUAUUAGUUCACAAAGCUAGACUUGACUUCUUGGGUUGUUCUUUCCUUUUACCGCUCAGAGUGGCUGUUGUACUCGAUGUGGAAGUGUUUCACAUAUCAAUACGUAUUUCACUUGCACUUGUCCAGUUAAUAAUGUGGUUUCAAAUUUGGUUGUCAUUUCUUUAAUCUCUAGGUCUUUCAUCUCUUUUGCUAGUGAUAUGUAUCGUGUUCAUUUCUGUGCUUUCCUUAUGGACUCGUCAGUUUU